AUGGCGAGCCAAGCGCAUACCAGCACCAGUAAUGCAUUGGGAGAUUUGAAUUUGAAUUCUACCAUGUAUUCCGACAUUUUCAAUCAUCGCAACUUGAAGCGGAAUGUCCAGCGCGCGCCCACCAAAGAAGAGCGAGAUGAGGAAGCAAGACAAAGACGAUUACGCUUGCAGAAAAGACGCGCAUCUGCCCGGAAAACGCUGGCAGAUCUCUCCCAUCGAGCCGACAAACCUCCUCAAACACCCAAGGAAGCCAAAGCGCCAGUACACAGAUUGACCAAGGAGGAACUCAACGAUGUUCAGAGGCGAACGUCCUGGUUUGGAAAUGGAGAUGGAUACUCGUUCAAUGCGGCUCUGGGAUACCUCGCUGAUCCUACGGCUGAGUACGACAAGUGGGCACAAGCGUACAGAAUGUUGGGUGCUUUCAUUGAUUGUGAUCACGACAAGUCAGAUGGAUCAGGAGACAAUGGAGGAGGAGGAGAUGGUGGAGAUGCUUGUUCCAGGUGGAUGAUGUGGGCUGCUUACGUCAACCCAAACUACCAAGGCUACGAGUACGAAGAAUACUUUUCCGAAGAACCAUACUCCAAACUCGAUUGCCACAACCCGGACACCGAAUGGGAGCUCAUUGGAGUCUACCGACAAGAAUUCUACCAGUUCAUUGAACAAAUCUCUAAGCAUCUUUGGGCCAUUGACGAAUAUGAGUACAUUGUGGCAAGGGCGGGACUCAUGUACAUGACCGACGAAGAUUGCUUCCAAGUGGGAAACGAUAACAAUGGAAACGCCAUUCGCGCGGGAAUUCAGCCUCUUGAGGGGGGGAAAUUCAUGAUGGCACUCUACACUGACGACUACUGUCUUCAACCCGAUGAAACUGUCGGAACAUACGACGACUUUGUCGCUCAGACGGAUGUCGACCUGGGAUCCAAAGAUGAAGGCGACGGAGAAGCCGAUGAUCUAUACGAGUGGUGGUACGAUGCACAAGAGUACACUCUGACAAGUCUAAACGAGGUAUACGAAGAGUACAUGUACUGCACACCGUGCAUGGAUUAUCCUACCUACCAAGAUGGAUACUUUAUUGGAGACUACGGUACCGAUGACGACGAUCUCAUCAACCAGUGCUGGAAGUUCCAUUCGCAUGACUCAUUCAUCUGCGAAGGAGAAUGCAUUGCCAUGGGACACUCACAAAACUCAAUCAAUCAAGUCAUCUACGGAGACCAGGCCUUUGGAUCCAAAAUGCAAGCCUCUUCCUACACAGAGGGAUCCACCAACAGAGCCGACGUACUCGUAGAGUCAUCCUGGUCACGUAUCAUGGCAAAUGCCUUUUUGACGUUCUCAUUCCUACUCUUUGUCGCAACAUUCUUGGCAUUCGCCGUCGCACGUCGCUCGCGAUACCGAGAAUCACGCUCUUCCAAGUCCAGACGAUUGUUGGAUGAAGGACACCAUGACGAUGAUGGAGCAGGUCAUCGAUCAGUCAGAUCCAGACGCUCUCGAUCCAGAAAGAAGAAACGAGGUACCAGCUCCAGUCGUCGCUCCAGCAGUGCACGAAAGAGCCAAGCAGACGAAGAAGGAGAUGGACUCUUCCGAACGUCGGAUCAAGAAAAUGGAAGUGAACGCGAACACCAGCGAUCCAGAUCGCGCUCACAUCGAUCCAAGUCACGCAGUGGAAGCAAGAGGGGGAGAUCCAAGAGCGAAUCCAAGAAACGAUCCUCCAGUUCGGUAGGACGCAAGUCCAGAACUAAGGAUUCAUCCGGCGGUGGUGAUCCACCGUCGCGAACUGGAAAGUCAUCGUCCAGGUCAAAUGUACAUGACGAAGCCUUUUAG